AUGGGACUUCCGGGAAGUCCCGUUUGUAUGUUAGAUCAGAAUUACUACGCACAACCAGAGAUAUGCGCCGCCGCUGCCACCAUGCAGUUAAACUUUUAUCGCCGCCGAGGGCGGAGAAAAUUUUUCAGAGAACGCAGGGUUCUCUGACUAUUUUUGUUAGUACGUUCUUACCUUACACUGUAAUGUUGGGAAUUAUUUAUAGAAAAUGCUCGGCGAUUUUCAAAAAGUCCAUAUAUAAAUUCCCUGAGGAUUUUCUAGAUUCUAGAAAACCGAAUUUACAAGAAACUUGGAAAUUCGAUCUCGAUUUUCCAGAAUUCACGAAAUUCGAAGUCGAAUUUCUAUAAAUAAUUCCCAAGAUUCUUGAAAUUCGAAGUCGAGUUUCCAGAAUUCUGGAAAAUCGAGGUCGAAUUUCCAGUUCGAUUUUCUAGAAUUAUGGAAAAUGCUCAGCGAUUUUCAAUCUGGAAAUUCCUCGGCGAUUUUAUAUAUGGACUUUUGGAAAUUCGAAAAAUGAAAUUAAUUUCCAG